CAACACGUGCGUUUUGUUUAUGGUGGUGUUGUAUACGUUGUGAACGCGUUAAAAGUUAUUUUUUCGUAGAGAAAAUGCGACAGAAUGAAUCCCAGAUGAAAGAGCAGAGGUAAAAGAAGCACGACAAACCUGGAAAUGGUAUCCACUACUGCAACAGUGACACAGACGCGCAGGGCAGGCAGCCGGAUCUUCGCUCCUGCCCGUGCCCUGGGGCUGGUCAGCAACCACGUGCCACACGCGCUGAGGUACAUACGCUCCCGCAAGGAGCACCUGGUCGUGACGUGUAUCGGGAAGGCGUUCCACACGUACGGGCUGUCCCACCUUGCCCUGCUCAGCACCAGCCCGCAGCACGCAGAGGACAUAUCCUGCCUUGCGGCCGACACCUACCACGUCUACACUGCGGCCGGCUCACAGAUAUUUGCAUGGCGGCGUGGUGCGGAACUCCAACAUACCUACGGGCAGCCCGGUGGCCCAGAUGUGAAGCUUUUGCUGCCAUUCGGUCCACACCUGGUCGCGGUGGACAGCAGAGGAGUGCUGCGUGUGUGGGACAUUAAGGCCGAGGAUGUCUACACGGAGCUCAGCUUCGAAUGCAGUUUGUUCGAGCCCUCUGCAAUGGUGCACCCGAGCACGUACCUCAACAAGAUACUUCUGGGCAGCAGACAGGGACAGAUGCAGCUGUGGAACAUUCACAAAGGUGCACUGAUACACACAUUCAAAGGCUGGAGGUCCCCAGUGACUGUGCUCACCCAAUCUCCAGCUGUCGACGUGGUGGCUGUCGGCUUGGAAGAUGGCCGAAUCGUCUUGCACAAUCUGCGCUUUGAUGAAAGCAUUGCCACACUUGUGCAGGACUGGGGCCCCGUCACGGCAGUGGCCUUCCGCACCGACUCGAGCCCGGCGGCGCGGCCACUGAUGCUGAGUGCGGCGCCCUCGGGCCACGUGGUGCUGUGGGACCUGGACAAGCGACGUGCCUGCGGUCAGCUGACGGGCGGGCACGCGGGCGCGGUGGUCGGCAUGAGCUGCCUGCCGGGGGAGCCCGUGCUCGUCACAAACUCUGUGGACAACUCGCUCAAGGUGUGGCUGAUGUCUGAUGGUGAUUCUGGAGAGCCUCCAAGAUUGCUGCGGAUGCGUGAGGGUCAUUCGGGGACUCCAAACUGUGUUCGUUUCCACGGAACUGUUGACUCACGUAACUUGGUCACAGCAGGAAGCGAUUCGACACUACGAAUAUUUUCUACAAUCAAUGAGACAUUUAACAAGAGUCUCGGACGGGCAUCGUAUAAUCGUAAGGCAUCUAAAAAACGGAAAGGAGGUAUUGCUGAAGAUCCACUGCUUAUGCCCCCCAUCACUAGUUUUGCGUCUGAAACCACGCGUGAAAAGGAGUGGGACGGAAUCACAGCUGUGCACCUCGGAGUGCCCUUUGUCACUACCUGGUCGUAUGACAAACUGAGAAUGGGAGACCACAGGCUAAUGCAUGAAAGGUUUAACAAUUUCAAGGGUGACCGAUCUCUCUCUAAUUCCUAUGCGACGUGCGUGUGCAUCACUCGCUGUGGCAACUUUGCAGUGGUCGGGAUGAGUUCUGGCCACGUGGAUUGUUUCAACAUCCAGUCGGGUAUCCACAGAGACACGUAUGGAACCCCUACUGCUCACACGGGGGCCGUGAGGGGCGUCACUACUGACACCCUCAACCAGGUUACAGUCACUGUGGGUGCAGAUAGCAUGCUUCGAUUUUGGCGGUUUAAGUGUAAAGGUACAAAGCCACUGUCGAAAGUGGACCUGGACGAGCGGCCACUGUUCCUGCGGACACAUCACGAGUCGUCUCUGGUCGCCAUUGCCCUGGAAGACUUUUCAGUGUCGGUGGCAGACACAGAGAGUCGCACAGUGGUACGGAAGCUGACCGGGCACCCGGGUGCACAGAUCACAGACGCGGCUUUCAGUCCCGACUCGCGGUGGCUGGUUACUGCCGGCACAGACUGCCGUAUCCGCACGUGGGACCUUCCUUCGGGAAAACUUGUUGAUUCGUUUCAGACCGAUUCAGCGUGCACAUCUAUCAGCUUCUCAGCUGUCGGCGACCUGCUGGCGACGACACACGUGGACUACAUGGGUGUGUUUCUGUGGGCGAACAGAGCCCUCUUCAAGCACAUCGCACUGCAUCCUCUCGAUCCACUGGAGGACAGUGAGGCAGAGGCUCUCGUCACAUUGCCAGUUUCUGCCCCAGAUGAAGGUGCAAAUAUCGGCACUGAAGAUCUCGAUGCACCUGACGGAGAUGAAGAUGGAGAUGACACGGAGAGGCCGCAGUCUCCCGAUCAGAUAUCAGAGGGCUUGGCCACUCUGUCUGGGGUCGCAGCUGUGCGCUGGCAGAAUUUGCUUAUGCUUGAUGUGAUCCGCAAACGAAAUAAACCGAGGGAGCCACCGAAAACCGUAAAGUCAGCUCCAUUCUUCUUGCCCACUGUACCCUCAUUGAGUGGUGAAGUCCAGUUUGACGUGGAAUCAGAGAAGCAAACUGAAAAAGGCAAAGAGCUCGACAGCAGUCGUGCCCUGGUACCGUCCAACCUGACGGUGUUUGGCAAACUGCUGAGGGAUGCUGGAGAGGAGGGGGCGGAUCCGACACCCGCCCUGGAGAAGCUGCGCCAGCUCGGCCCGGCCGCCCUCGAGGUGGAAGUGCUGUCCCUCGCACCUGAGGGUGGCGGAUCGGUUUCCCUCAUGGCCACAUUUAUAAAGCUCCUGACUGAUGCCAUGAGGAACGGCAAGGACUUUGAGUUGGCGCAGGCGCACUUCGCGCUCUUCCUGAAGCACCACGGUGACCGCGCAGCGUCCGAGCCGCGGCUGCGCACCCUGUUGCCGACUGCGGCGGAGGCGCAGGCAGCGGGCUGGCAGCGGCUGCAGGACCGCCUCAUGGCAUGCCUCGCUAUUGUCUCCUUCUUCAGGACUUCGUAGACUGUGUGGGGAGCUGUGUGCUGAACUUUAGACUGUGCCCGCAAAGAGCUAGAGACUGUGUUUAAAGUAGUGUGCCUUCAGAGACACUCUUCACUGUGCCUUCAGUUGGAUUGUACUGGUGUGUAACAGUUUGUAACAAGUUGUGAUGAUGUGGACCCCAGUUGGACCAUUGUGUUUGUUUUGAAUACCGUAUGAGGUAUUUAACUGAAUAUUGCGCAAUGCUUGGUCGCAUUAUAAGUGGCAGGGAUGUAGGUAGGGGGAGGGCAUCAGAAGAGGGACAUUACUAAACUUCUCUGCUAUUACUACUGAAAGCUGAUUUGUAUUUAUAUUGAACUCCAGGUAGGAAUGUCAGCAACAUAGGAAAAGAAAGAUUGCUACUUACUGUGAAGAAGACGUGAUAAGUUGCAAACAGGCACAAUUAAAUUUUUCCCAGCACACACGUUCAUGCUCAUGCUCACCACACACACACACACACACACACACACACACACACACACACACACACACUUUAAGAGGAUACUACAAUUCCUGCUUGCUAAUGAAUGGAACUGGAACUGGUGCACUGUUGCAGAACUGUCAGGCAGCGGAAGUAUUUAAUAUUUUAUGUGAUGAUGUCUUCCAUCUUGUGGUGUAUUUUGUACACCGUUGUAUCUGAAAAUGAAAUUUAUAUAUAAAAACAAAUUUUUUGUUAAUAUUUAUUGUGUGAUCAUUCCUUUAUGAAAUUACAGGCUGUGAAGUGGUUUCACAAAAUAUACGUCACCGUUACAGUCUGCUUUCAUUAUCCUGAAACUCAAUUAAAUUCCUUGACACAUAAAGAGCAGUGUUACAGGUAAUGAGAUGGAUUAGUAAAAGU